AUCCUUCUUCUUCCUCCUUUGCAAGUUCAUACAGACGAACAGAAAUGUUAUCAAGUAAGCCUAAAAUUGGUCUUACAUGGGAACCUAAUCUCACCAUGUUCAAAUCUGGUGGAACUACUGCAACUAGUUCCACAAAAUCUAUGCCUCAAAUUCCUAAACCAAAAACUGAACUUAUCGAUGGAAUUUAUGUUCCACCUGCUGAUCCAAAGUUGCGGAACAAAUUGGUCAGAAAACAACUCAAAGACACCACUGGUAAAAACUGUGCGUGCAGGUUUGAUAUGCCAGCUCAAACUAUUACACCUGAGAUAAAAAAUGACUUCCAGAUUAUGAAGUUGAGGAAUGUGAUAGAUUCUAAGAGGCACUACAAGAAAGGUGAUUCAAAUUCAAAGGAGCUUCCCAAGUAUUUCCAGAUGGGUACUGUCGUUGAGUCUCAAACAGAUUUCUACUCAGGCAGGUUAACUAAGAAGGAGAGGAAGCGAAGCAUUGCAGAAGAAUUGCUUCAUGAUGCUGCCUUAGGAAAAUACAGGAAACGUAAAGUUCGAGAAAUUGAGGAACGAAAUAAUGUUCCUGGGGUGGAGAAAUGGAAAAUUAAGGGAAAGCAGUCAUGGAAGCGAGCAAAACAUAGAAGGGGUGACUGAUCACAUACUGUACAUGUAUUUUGCAUGUCAAUUUCUGAUAGGAGUAGUAUAUGGCCAAAGUUAACUUUGGUUUCAGAGAAAACGAAAACUGUAAGCUAGGUCUUUGUGUGCAUAUGUUCUUUCUUUUGAAGAAAAAGAAACAGGACCUGUUAAAACUAGUAUAUGCUUUCUGUUUUAACCAAGCAAAAUGAAGAAUAUAUGCUAAAAACUGAUGUCGGCUUUGGUGGUCUGGUGGAUGACUUGAAGAUGAUGUUUAUCUACGCACAAUUAAGAGCUUGUUUUAUGGUCUCGUGCAACAUAUCGAUUUAGAGCUAGUAUCAGAGCAAUUAGCACUGGUGACACACUUGAUUGACAAGAUAUCAGUGGCCGAUUUGCUCCCCUAUAUAUGUGAGAUUCUGGAAGAGUCUCAAGUUGGGAGUGUUUAUAGCUAAUGAAUCGUGGCCGUUUGGUAUGCCUAUAUGCGUUCUUUUUGCAAACAAAUUAACUAAAUUGCAAAUUUUUUAUACAUGCACAUGCCCAUGGUAGUUGAGAAAAAGUUCUGUAAUCUUAACCCAAGAGAUACUAAUUAAGAACACAUUUUCAG